UGUUUCAUGAAGGUUUCAAUUAUUUUAGAUUAAAUUGGUGUUAGAAAUCGGCUGAAUUGAAAAGAGAUAAAUAAUAAUAAUAAUAAUAAUAAGUAGCACUAGUAGUAGUAGUAACUAGCAAAUCAGUGGGCUUGGGCAGUUGGGCCCUUGUGGGUGUGGGUUGUAAACUCGCAAAUGACGGCCUAAGAUCAAUUAAGAAGGGCGAGCCACGUGACAUAACCCAGCCUAAUAAUAUGCAUCAUUUAACAUAACGUGAAGCAAUAUGGCGAAAGCAGUAAAUGAAAGGACAGAGUUUAAAAAGGAGCAAGGAAGAAAAUAGAGAAUGAACCAUAACCAGCAAUCCGGCGAUGCGAAGAAUGAUGACGACUCUGCUCUCUCCGAUUUCCUUGCCUCUCUCAUGGAUUACACUCCCGCUAUACCUGACGAAUUGGUGGAACAUUACUUAGCCAAGAGUGGUUUUCAAUGUCCCGAUGUUCGAUUAAUAAGGCUUGUAGCUGUUGCUACUCAGAAGUUUGUUGCGGAGGUUGCAAGUGAUGCACUUCACUAUUUCUUUAGGUGCAAGGGAAAUAUUACAGAAAUGGGCAUUGCAAGGCAAGGCAGGCUGCAGUCAUCAAAGACAAAAGGGAGAAGCAGCAAAAGGAUAAGCACCUAAUCUUGACGAUGGACGACCUUUCAAAGUCAUUGCUUGAGUACGGAGUGAAUGUGCAGCACCAGGAUUAUUUUGCUGAUGACCCAUCAACUGGGAGGGAUCCAGCUUCUAGAGAAGAAUAGUCGGAGUUGGACCAUGUUAUUGCUUGUUUGUAUUUAGUUCAUCUUUGCGAUGUUGCUGCUAGUGCUACUGUAGCAUAGCAUGCUGCUCACUUUUUCUUCGCAUAAUGUCUGUUCAGUGUUGAAUUCUGAAGAUGAUUAUUAUAUAGUUCAGAGUAGUAGCUGUUUUGUCCACGAUACGAUGAUGACGAGCAAGAAGCCAUCUUUGGGUUUUCAGUUGAGGAGCUUAUUUCUGUUGCCACUAGUAAAUGGUUAGCGCGUUAUUUACAAUUUAUUUAUUUAUUAUUAUUAUUAUAACUUCUUGUUUUUUUCCUCCGUUUCAUCUUCUCUCCCCCUUCGCUUUUCAUUUUGUCUCUCUUCACUGAUUUUUGCAUUCUUCAUCUCUCAUUCUCUGCAAAAUUUUAAAAAUUAUAUGAAAAAUUAAAAAAGAAAAGUAAAAAAUACUUAUAAUAUUGAAAGUUAAAAG